ACGGUUUUGUUUUUUAAUCCCUUUUCGACGGUAACCGAAGCUGCACCAUAAAAAUCCUGUUUAAUGUCUAUUCUUUCUUUAACCACUCUUCUACUCUACCGUAAAAAAAAAAAAACUACUCUUCUACUCUUCGGUAAAAAAAAACCUACUCUUCCGUACAAAAAAACUACUCUUCUUCUCUACCAUCUUCAUCUUCCUUGCGUGUGGUUACGAUUUCAUCGCAGCUUCCUUCAAAGAUUCAUUCAAGUUGAAGGACUGAUGAGUAGGGGAAAGUUUCCUAUUAACAUUCUGUUUAUUGGUGGUCAUGUCGACUCCGGGAAGUCAACGACGGCUGGUCAUUUGAUCUACAAGCUUGGAGGUAUUGAAAAGGAUGUCAUCGAGAGAUUUGAGAAAGAAGCUGCUGAGAUAAACAGGCGUUCAUUCAAGUAUGCUUGGGUGCUUGACAAGCUCAAGGCCGAGCGUGAAAGAGGUAUCACAAUUGACAUUUCUCUAUGGAAGUUUGAGACAACCAACUUCCUCUGCACUCUCAUUGAUGCCCCCGGACACAGGGAUUUCAUUAAGAACAUGAUCACCGGAGCAUCCGAAGCUGACUGUGCCGUUCUUAUCAUUGACUCUACACCUGGUGGUUUUGAAGCUGGUUUUUGUAAGAAUGGUCAGACCAAUGAACAUGUUCAACUUGCCUACGCUCUUGGUGUUUCACAAAUGAUCUGCUGCUGUAACAAGAUGGAUGCCACUACACCCAAAUACUCCAAGGAUAGGUAUGAACAAAUUGUGAGUCAAAUUUCACCCUUUUUGAGCGAGGUUGGCUAUAACCCAGGUAAAAUUCCUUUUAUCCCUAUCUCUGGUUACGAGGGAGAUAACAUCAUUGAGCACUCUUCUAACCUUGACUGGUACACGGGUCCCACCCUUCUUGAAGCUCUUGACCAAAUCAGAAGGCCUAAGAGGUUAAUAUUCAGGCCUCUCCGAUUACCACUUCAAGAUGUCUACAAGAUUGGAGGAAUUGGAAUUGUGCCUGUGGGACGCGUUGAGUCUGGUAUCUUGAAACCUGGAAUGGUGCUGACUUUUGCCCCAACUGGGCUCCAAACUGAAGUGAAGUCUGUGGAGAUGCACCAUGAAGCUCUCACCCGGGCUCUUCCUGGUGACAUUGUGGGAUUUAAUGUUACGAAUGUGUCUGCUAAGGAUCUCAGGCGAGGCUAUGUUGCCUCACACUCCCAGCGUGGCCCAGCUAUGGAGGCUGCUAGAAUCAAUCAGUAAUGAAAAUGAUAACCUGAAGAAUCAACUGAAUGAAGCAGUUUCAAAAGUAAAAGCUGCUGAAACAAAGGAAGAAGGAAUGACAAUGGAGUUGAAGAAAUUGAGUAAAGAAUUGGAAGCUAGUAAAGGGAAUGCAGAGAAGUUGA